AUGGACGGCAGCAACCAGCAGCAUCGGCAGCAAAUGACGCUUUUUUCCCGAUAUCAGCAGCUACCGAUGACCACUCGCUGUGUGUUCACCAUCAACGUCUUUGCGUUCCUCUUCAACGCAAUCUUGCGAUUGUUUUCGUAUUCCACGUUGUGUUUGAUACCAGCUUUAAUGCGAGGCGGGGACUUUCUCGGACAGUUUUAUAGAAUUUUCACGUCCGCGUUCACGCACGGGUCGUUUUUUCAUCUGUUGGUGAACAUGUGCGCGUUUAUUCAGAUCGGCGCAUAUGGGUUGGAGAUGAAGUUGGGGAGCGUGAAUUUCGCGUUACUCGUGUUCUUGUUUACGAUUUUAUGCGGGACGACGCACGUGCUCUUAGCGAGCGGGAUGUGGUACCUGUUAGGAAUGAGUGGGUAUCAAAACGAAUGCGCGGUUGGUUUUUCGGGAGUCAUUUUCAGUUUAGUUGUUUUAGAUACCGCGUUCUCGAAUAUUAGACAAAGAGACGUUUUCGGCUUGUUCGUAGUGAACGCUUACAUGUAUCCUUUCGCGUUGAUUGCGAUUGUGCAAUUGUUAGCGCCGAAUAGUUCGUUUUUAGGUCAUUUGAGCGGCGUGGUGGUAGGUUCGUUGUACGUGAAAGGGUAUUUGAACAAAUUGAUUCCCUCUGAGAGAGCUGUAGAUAGAAUUGAGAAUCUCAUAUUAUCCGGGAUUUCGAUUGAACGCUUGGAAGGAUUCGUACAAAAUACAUCCAAAUCGGCGAGAAGAGUGCGCAGGGAAGAAGGCGAUGUCGAAAGCGGGCAGCAAUUCAUAUCGCCCGGAGGUACGGCGAGAACGACCACGAGAAAACUCAAGUGGUGGGAAGUGCCGGUCGUUGCAAGAAUGGAAAGCGGAGAGAGUCAAAAAAGUUCAACGUCAACGCCGACCAUCAAAGGCGUCGGACGGAAGUUGGGCAAAGGUAAACCUCCAUCUCCUCCCCCGCCGUUAUUUAACCAACAACAACAACAAUCGCCGUCUUCUUCUCCAGGUUUAGCCAAUAAUACUAAAGCGUUUCCGUACAAUAAAAAGUUCAUCACGUUACUCGUAGAGAUGGGCUUCCCAGAAGAAGAAAGCAAACUGGCGUUGGAGAGAUCAAACAACGACGUCGCGGCCGCAAUAGAUAUACUUCAAGGGAAAUAG